CACUGAGUGCCCAUCCCACUCUCAAAGGAGCUGCACACACACUCUCACACACACUCUGGCAAACGCGCUUACCACACUUGUAGUCAGAGCACACACAGCUCCAUCCAUCGGUUAUAAGAAGAGAGCCAGUUCCAGUUAAAGGACAUAAAGCCCAGCUCCGAUCUCCAGAAUGGAUGCACUGAAGAAGGGAUUCUCCAUGGCUAAGGAGGGAGUGGUGGCCGCCGCUGAGAAAACCAAAGCAGGGGUGGAGGAGGCAGCUGCCAAAACCAAAGAGGGGGUCAUGUAUGUAGGCACAAAGACAAAGGAAGGUGUUGUGACAAGUGUAAACACAGUUGCCCAGAAAACAACUGAGCAGGCGAAUGUUGUGGGUGAGAGUGCCGUGGCUGGAGCCAAUCAGGUGUCAGAAAAGGCAGUGGAGAGCCUGGAGACUGUGGUCGCAUCCACUGGCCUGGUCAAACCGGAUGAGCUGGAGAAUAAUGAGGUGGAGCUGUCGAAGCAGGAGGGAGCUGUAGAGCAGCCUACAGAUGCUGGACAGUAGGUGAGGCUGAUGUCACACUGAACGCCCAUGUGAUCCUCUGCUUCUUGCUUCAGAGGAGAGAGUUCAUUAGCUGCUGGCCAAACCUGAAUAUUAUCAUGCUAAACCUAUGAAGGACACUAUAUAAUAUCUAACUUCACAGAAAACAAAGACACCCACUCCUCUCUCUUGCUUUCUCCUCAUGAACAAUCUCUCCUUACCUCACUUUCCUUCACGUAGACCUACAGAAAUACUAUUCACAAGAAUAAAAUGCUCAUGUAACAACUCCUUUAUCUAGCUAUGCAAUUUUCACGUAUACUGUGCAGUGCGUGUCAUUACCACAUUUGUGCAAAUAUUACAUGCAUGUGCUUGUGAUUUGGAGAUUUUUAUAUAGACAAAGUCUAUCAUUCCUACCUGCCCUGAAACUGAUACCUAACGUUACCAGUUUUCCUCCACCCAACACAAUGAGGUUUGAUGGAUGAUGAUGAUUUUACAUAGUCAGUGUGAGGAAAGGAAAACAUUCCAGUCCAAAUACACUCUCAAUGUUGUAUCUGAGACAACGUUAGAAACAAGAAAAAGACAGAAUCACAGAUGGUCAGUCAGACCAAAUCUGCCCCAAAAAAAAGGAAAGAAAAAAAGAGGGCAGUUGAUGUCUGAUCUGUAAAGCGUGAAGCUGGCUGAUUAAAUCUGUUUCAGUAUUAUCUUAAAGUGUGGUUAUAUAGCGUAACAGGGCUUUAGAAAUGCACUAAUAUGUAGUUUGCGAUAGUACCCAUUAUAAACAACUCACAAAAUCUGCAAAUGAUAUCAGAAAGCAGUUGCUAGGUUACAUAAUUGGUUUGUUGAAGUCAUGUAUGCUGCCUCACGACUACACUUUAACUGAUCAUACUCAUUUACUUGACUUACUGUUCCCAAUGAAGUCUGAAAACGGCUGAUUUUUUGAAUACUCCAUCUGUAAUAAAUUCAGUUUUGUGAAAAAUAAA